GCCCAGACGGCUCGGCCAUUUCACAAAAACUACCGUAACCGUUCUGCCAUCGAUACACGAAUUCAUCUGCUCCAGAAGCUCCACUAAAUCAACGAUCAUUUUUCAAAGCUUUGAUAUAUUUAAAUAUUCAAAAUGUGUGACGAAGAAGUAGCUGCUUUGGUAGUAGACAAUGGAUCUGGUAUGUGCAAAGCUGGUUUUGCUGGUGAUGACGCACCUCGUGCUGUAUUCCCAUCUAUCGUUGGACGUCCCCGUCAUCAGGGAGUUAUGGUUGGUAUGGGACAAAAAGACAGCUAUGUGGGAGAUGAAGCCCAAUCCAAGAGAGGUAUCCUUACCUUGAAAUACCCUAUUGAACACGGUAUUGUCACAAACUGGGAUGAUAUGGAGAAAAUCUGGCAUCAUACCUUCUACAAUGAAUUACGUGUGGCUCCAGAAGAACACCCAGUUUUGCUUACUGAAGCUCCAUUGAAUCCAAAAGCUAACAGAGAAAAGAUGACCCAGAUUAUGUUUGAAACAUUCAACACACCUGCCAUGUAUGUUGCUAUCCAAGCUGUACUUUCAUUGUAUGCAUCUGGUCGUACCACUGGUAUCGUCUUGGAUUCUGGUGAUGGUGUAUCUCACACCGUCCCAAUCUAUGAAGGAUAUGCUUUACCUCAUGCUAUCCUCCGUCUGGAUCUUGCUGGUCGUGAUCUCACAGAUUACCUUAUGAAAAUCUUGACUGAACGUGGCUACAGUUUUACGACAACUGCUGAAAGAGAAAUAGUUCGCGACAUAAAGGAAAAGUUAUGCUAUGUAGCUUUGGACUUUGAACAAGAAAUGGCUACUGCUGCUUCCUCCAGCUCAUUGGAAAAAUCUUAUGAAUUGCCUGAUGGACAAGUCAUCACAAUUGGAAAUGAAAGAUUCCGUUGUCCGGAAGCUCUUUUCCAACCUUCUUUCUUAGGAAUGGAAGCUUGUGGUAUUCAUGAGACCACAUACAACUCUAUCAUGAAGUGCGAUGUAGAUAUCCGUAAAGACUUGUAUGCCAACACUGUAUUAUCUGGUGGUACUACUAUGUACCCAGGCAUUGCUGACCGAAUGCAAAAAGAAAUUACUGCUUUGGCUCCAUCUACAAUGAAAAUAAAGAUCAUUGCUCCUCCAGAAAGGAAAUACUCAGUAUGGAUUGGUGGUUCCAUCUUGGCUUCUCUAUCUACCUUCCAACAGAUGUGGAUUUCCAAACAAGAGUAUGAUGAAUCAGGCCCAUCUAUUGUGCACAGAAAGUGCUUCUAAAUACUUUAAUAUUUAUUUUCCUAAAAAUCUGUAUUUUUUAUUUAAAUUUUCCUGUAUUUUUUUUUUUUAAAUAAGAAUCAAAAUUAUAUAAAAAAAAAAAAAAAAAUCCGUUGCAUUAGGCCUACAUUCCAGUAAGUUAUUUACAGCUCAAAGCAUUCCUUAAUCAUAGCAUGUCUGCUUUUGAUUUAUAAUUUUUUAUACUGACUGAAAAAGAAUAUAAUUAAAUGUAUUUAUUUGAUAAUUAUUUA